CGGACUGAUUUGCGCGCGUCAACCGAACAGAGAUGCCAAUGCCGCGAUCUUCGUGGUCCAUGAAAAAGAUCUCACUGGUUGGCCUGGAUCCAAUCAACCACAACAGCUCCAACAACCUUGGAUCAUCCAGCAGCACUCCUUUAGAGUUGACUUUUUCUAUUUUAGUAUUAGAAGGACAAAGCCACGAUGGCAGGAGAAGAAAGCGCUGCCCUUACCGACGAGUUGUUUGAGAAGGUUGUCGAAAGGAUUUCUUCCACCUCAUCCUCCACUACCACUACAACUACCACUACAAGCAAUGACACCAAGUUGCGGCUCUAUGGUCUCUACAAGUACGCUACCCAAGGACCCUGUCAAACACCCGCCGCAUCCAUCUGGAAUCCCACGGCCAUGGCCAAACAGCGGGCUUGGAAAGCUUGCCACGGAAUGACAAAGAAGCAAGCCCAAAUGGAAUAUGCUACCCUGGCGGGCUCGUUGGAUGAAACCUGUCAGACAUGGUUGGAAGAGUACCAAUCCAAGAUGAUGGAGGAACCAACAAUCCAAUCCACAAAAGAUCCGCCAGAAAAAGUACUCGAUACAGAGGCAAAAACCAAACCAAAGAGGAAUGUCACUAGUGCAAAAGAAGGGAUUGACACAUCGAUCCAUGAAAACCCCUCAGCUUUAUCAUCAAUCUCAUUAUUAGGUUCUUGGAUCCUAGAUUGGCUUUUAUUCUGGAUUCUACCCACGCCAGUGAUUCCUCGUGGUGCCCUCGAUAUUGACUGGUCUGAUCUUUGGUUUGCUCUCAUGGCUUGUGUCAAGGCUGGUCUUUUCUAUAGCAAUUCCAAAUUACAAAAACUCCAAGAUUCCAUUCUGGAGGACAUACAACAACACACUCUGUUGAAUACACAACAACAACAACAAAAUACAGCACAAGAUGCAGCAACACAAGUUGUGGUCGGAUACUCGGUGAGAUCACUCCUCGAUUUGUAUCUCAUGCACAAACGGUAUCCACCGAACAAAAAACAAGUCAUUAUCGUUCCUCCCAUCAACAUUCCGGGAAUGGUGCAGAUAAUGGAACAUUAUGGCUUGCAAGUGGUGCCCGUGGAUAUUCCUUCGUCUUCUACCACCACAAACACCAGCAGGAUGACAAUUGACCUGACAGCCGUCCAAACCGCCAUUACAGAACAAACCGUGGCGAUUAUGGUCGUACACGCCUUUGGAAACAAUCCUACUGCUACUACAACCAUUCAACAACAAGAAUUGCGCAAUCUAGCCAAUCAACACAAUCUGGAACUAUGGCUCGAUGCUGCAGAAUCGUACACUGGAGAUUUUAAUAAUUUAGCAGCCAGUUCGGUGUCGUUUGCUGCGGAUAUCACAUUUGUAUCCUUUGGUAUGAUCAAGACGGCCACAUCACUGGGUGGAGGCAUUGCCAUUUUGCAGCACCAGUGCGAUUCGGUCGCAGCGGCCAUGAGACGUUUGCAGUAUCAUCACUAUGAUGCGCAGACGACCUGGCAGUUUGCCUGGACCAAAGUCUGCCAGGCCAUACUCAUCCAAGCAGUUUCCUCCAGCCCCAUUGUCUACGGGAUCUUUGUGCACCUGUGUCUCCAAUGGGGUGGCUACGUUUUUUUUGACAGCAUGGUCACUCGCAAUGUAAGGAGCAUCCAGCCUCAUGACAACAACAACAACAACAACAACGACAACAACAACCGCAGUGCCAUACGGAUACGACCCAGUCUGCCACUCUUGCAGUUGUUGCAUCGACGAUUGAAACAAUCCACACGUACCAGGGUAACGGUGCGAGAUAGAAUGGAGCGGUGCCAAGAAAUGACGCAGAUACUCCAACAGCAUGCUCCUGGAAUUGGAGUUCUCGAGCCAUCUUCAGCUGUUGGCGCUGAUACAUACUGGCUAUAUCCCAUUCAAGUCAAUACGCGUGAAGAAGCGAACAAGAGACGGAUUCAGCGAUACCUAUUGGAAAAGGGCUGGGAUGUGGCUGCCGGGACAUCGCAGUUGCAAUGCGUCCUUCCCACCAACACGGAGAAACACUCGACACAACAAAACAUGCAGAAUUUCAUGUCCAAAGUUUUGUAUCUACCUAUUGCUAGUCGGCCCCUGUCAAAACACCAAUCCAUAGAGUUGGCUGCACACUUGCAGCAAGUUGACGCAAUGAAUAGUGAUGAUGAAAACUGGGACCGUGGCGGCUCGAGUAUCAUGGCCCCAUCAAAGAAAUGGACUGUACUCCCUGUCCUGUUACUGAUGUUCUCGUCAAUUGGUGGAGGUUACCCGGCACCGAACUACAUCUUGAUUGUGAUGCUACCAGCUCUGAUAUCGCUGCUGCUGUAUAGCUUUGUUCUCAUGGUCUGUUUGGCUUUGGCCGUGAGAUGGCUAGGCAACUCUUCUCUGUAUCUAGAGUCAUCCACGGGGUUUGCUCGCUACAGCAGCAUGAUUGAUCAAAUGUGUCUCGGGGAGGAUGAAAAGAUUUGCCUUGACUCGAGAAGAAUAACCAAACAGUCACCGUCAUUACAACAACAAGAUGUCACUCGAGAGCCGCCCUCUGCACAGAUUGUUGCACCGAAUGCCAGUGUUAUUGCUUCGAUGCCACUGUUGGAUCUGCCAGCAGUCUCGCCGCUUGCAAAGGACCUUCGUGGUUGUGCUAUUCUAACUGGCGCGACGGGUUUUGUGGGGUCGCUGAUUCUAAGAGAGUUACUGUUCCAUCGACAAUCCUUGAACCUGACUGCAGGUGUCUUUGUCCUUUGUCGAGGCAAGCGAUCGCUAAGUGCACAAGAGAGGAUCGAUCAGUUGUUGAAACAGGAAAUGUUUUCGUUCCUUUCUGAGGCUGAGAAACGAGACUUGGUUCACGUUUUGCAAGGGGACGUGACCAAAGCUGGUGCUGGGCUGUCGGAACAGGAUAUGAACCAACUGCUAUCCCUGGGGACACAGAAGAAGAUCGUUGUUACGCAUGUGAUUCAUUCAGCAGCGUCUGUGAGCUUUACGCAGGAACUUGCGGAGGCGGCCCAGUCAAACAUCACCUCUGCUCUAAGCAUGCAGAGCCUAGCGGUGAAACUUGGUCAGGCUCAGUCACAGAGCGAUAAGAUGAAAGAAAUUCCACGAAUUCGGUUUGUCCACCUGAGCACUGCGUUCGUACAUGGCUCAAUGUCAGGUAGCAAAGAGGCUCCCCUGCCCGAACAACUGUUUCCGCUUGACCCGUACGAGCCUACAAAGUUGUACAAUUCCAUGCAGAGUACUCAGUUCUAUGCGUCGAAAGCCAUGAGCGACUUGCGUUUUCACAAUACCUACGCGUUCUCCAAAUGUGUUUGUGAGCACUUGCUCCUUCAAGAAGACAAGAAUUGCCAACAAAAUGUUGAAACCAUGAUUGUUCGACCAAGCAUUGUUGGUCCGGCGCUAGAAAGCCCUGAGGAGGGAUGGGCCGGACAGAAGCCGUCGACGAUCGUUGCUGCGGCUUCGCUGUAUUUGAGUUAUCAAUGGAACCUCUGGUCUUUUGGCUCCUCCGAUGUGCCAUGCAUACCAGUGGACGUUCUGUCGCGCUUUGUACUCCGAGUUGCAUUCGAGCAAGCCAAAUCGGAGGACACGAAGACAGUAGCUGGAUCGACAGCAGCUGAAGUUUCAUCGUCUGACGACAGCUUUGAGCGCGUAAGUAGCUGCAGUUCAUUGACUCGGUGCUCUUCGAAUAGUCAAGAGACCGGGGAUGACUCUGCGACAGAAUGGCAUAUACCGCGAAUCAGAAAUGCAGCCUGGAGCCCAUCUUCUGCGGAAGUUGCCAUGUUCUCGUGGCUUGACUACUGUGUCGCCACACUUCACUUGGGGUCAAACACGGGCUACUUCAACCGUUCCACUGCGUACGUGGGUCUUUGGAUCACCAGUCGACUAUUGCCUCGCAUCCGACUGAGCUUCCCCGCGUACUCGGCAUUUCACUACUACCUGGUUCAAACGCCAAUCCAAGUAAUGUUGAGCCUUUGCCGUGGUUUUGGCUGGCAGGAUUCAUGCUACAAGCUAUCCAAACUGUCAGGCUUCUUGGACCUACCCUUACUAUUCUUCCCGUACAUGAACGAAACCUUCCAUUUCCAAUCGAGUCUUUCAGCCCCGGAAACGAUGAAUGGCAGUCGCUACGUGUUUUCCUGUGCUGUGGCAGCACAUCGUUUCCUCACCAGAGUCAACCGUAGACGUAAUCAGCCCCACGAUCGACUAAAGCACGAAAACCAAGAGCGGAUGACUUCCUUCUGUAUCGGUGGAAAGGAGCAAAAGCUCGCAUGCGGUCUUUGGUGGGCCUUGACACAACCCAAUGGCAGCAUGGCAAUUCGCCUUGCUGGAUGGCUUUUUGCUUACAUCAGUGGAGCUACAUGCCAAUCAAUCACCGUCGAUCUCCCAUCAUUUGAAGCCGCUUUGCGGAUGAAAUUAGACGCAGCAAAGGCCGCCAGACAAGAAUCUGACGAAAUGUACAUCGUGUUGGCGCCCACGCACCGAUCGUUUCUCGAUUUCAUUCUUCUGAGCUACCUUACGUUCAUCGUGCCUGAACUUGCAAUUGACAUCCCAAAGAUUGCCGCCGCAGACGACUUUGAGCAUCUCCCUGUAAUCGGAUGGUUGGCACAAGCGUUGGGAGCUUUUUAUGUAAGGCGUGGGCUGGGCAGGGCAGACCCGGAAUUGCGGUCGCAAGUGACAAAAAUGAAGCAACAUGAAACAUCUGUUAUUGAAGUUUUCCUAGAAGGGUCCCGAAGCCGAGACAGGCGUUUCAUGGAACCCAAGACUGGUCUAUUGAGGAGUCUAGCCGAGACAGGAGGAAACCACCUGGUUGUACCCAUUUCCAUCAGCUACGAGAAACUGCCAGAACAGGAUAUUCUGGCGCAGGAAGCUGCUGGCCAAUGUGGCAGACAUUCUUUGAAUACAAGUGGCCUUCUCCGGUGGCUGAUGGAUGUAGCGCGAGGCAAUGUUCAUCUCGGGAGAAUACAUGUAGCUGCAGGUCGUCCACUGGGCUUGGACUGCAAGAGCUCAGCGGAUUUCAAGCAGGUUGCGCAGACUGUCCAGGUCGAACAGCAACGGAAUUUGUUCGCUUCCGACUAUCAUGUAGAAGCAACCGCGAAAGCACUGAGUAUGGACAUAGAAACUGUCCGAUCGGCGAUGACUAGCCUUGGCUGUCGCCACGAACUUGCAAGAGUUUGCCCAUGUCAGCACAAAGGCUGGCGACAGUGGCUGAACAAUUCAUGCGAAGAAAACGACCAGCUUUCUGAUCACGGACCCGAGGUCGCGUCGUUGUCUCGGUCUCUUUUGUCAUUACUUACCGCUGCCGAUGAUCAAGCUGAGAGAGCCUUCGUCGAACUGGUUGCCAAAGGAUUCCAUCGACCCAACCUGCAGCACUUGCAACAAACAGCUCAGAAAAGCUCCAAUGCGCAUGACACGGAGAUACCGCUUAUCUUGACCAACGCUGCAGCCUCCUUACUUCAUUCAAAGUUGGCUCUAGAAGAUGACACUCCGAGUGCCGCCGCAGCGAGUACCGCUACAAGCAACAAUUCAACUUGCGCUCCCGUUCUGCUAGAAAGCGAGGAGCGCCUUGGUUUCUGGGGAUUCCGUGAUUCUGGGUUUGCCUUGCAAGUCAGCAAGGAAGGAUCACACUACGUGGUUAUGCGAGGUGACAGGUACUCAGUCACCGGGAAGUCCAUGUCGAAAUUGAUACCUUUUGUCGAAAGAGAAACAGGUGUACAGAUCAAUCCUUUCAACGAGGCUUUUCAGGCCACACAAAAAUCCUCAACUGAUUGGAAUACCGAAACUGUGCUGAACAAAGAUGAUUUGAAACUCCUACAAUCAACCGUUUGGAAGUUGACGACCGCCUUGCCAGACCGAACCCGCCAUGGCUCAGGGCACUCACAAGAAGACAUUUUUUCAAUUCGUUCAGAGAGCCCUAUCCGUGUGCCAGAUGCGGUGGUCUGGCCCAGCUCCGAAGCGGAAGUUAAUGCACUCAUCGCUUUGUGCAAAGAAAAGAGCUGGUGUCUAAUACCAUUUGGAGGGGGCACCAACGUCACAAACGCCACCAGAUGCCCCGACAAAGAAGUCGAACCACGUCCGAUCAUUUCAGUAGACAUGACAAAGCUCAACAGACUGCUCUGGCUCAACGAGGAGGAUGGCUUGGCCUGUUUCGAGGCUGGCAUCAAUGGGCGUGACUUGGUUGCAACACUGGAACAACGGGGAUACACGAUGGGACACGAGCCCGAUAGCAUAGAAUUCAGCACGUUGGGAGGUUGGAUUGCGACGAAAGCGAGCGGAAUGAAACGAAACAAAUACGGCAAUAUCGAGGACAUUAUCAGAAGUGUCCGCGUUGCAUCUUCGUCGGGUAUAGUGUGCCAAAACGCCGAAACACAGAGCGACUCUGACAAAGCCGUCUUUGGAAGGGAAUCUUGCGGCCUGGACUUUCGGUCCAUAGUCCUUGGAUCCGAAGGUUGUCUCGGCAUCAUCACAAGCGCCGUUGUAAAAGUCUGGCCCAUUGCGGAAAUCGUAGAGCACGAGAGUAUUCUCUUUCCAAGUUUCGAAACUGGUCUGGGUUUUGCUCGGGACAUUUCCAGGCUCGAUCGUCUUGUUCCUGCGAGUGUGCGGUUGCUGGACAAUGAGCAUUUCCGACUAGGGCAGGCGCUGCAAGGAGAUCCAUCAUCCCUGAAGGAUCGAUGUCUGAGAGCCUUGCAGGCCCUCUUUGCUGCCAGUAAUUUCGGCAGCAGUUUAGACCCCACAACCGUGGCAUGCGCUACAGUUUGCUACGAAGGGAGCAAGAGUGAAGUAAACUUGCAGAAAGCAGAACUCAAACGAUUGGCAGCGAAUCGUGGUGGAUUCCUCCUUGGUCCCAGAAUCGGCAAGGCUGGCUACGAUCUGACUUUUCUCAUCGCCUAUUUAAGGGACUUUGCCAUGACCUACCACUUCCUUGGCGAGUCCUUCGAAACUUUUGCCCCAUGGUCAAAGGUCGCAGACAUCAUCGACAGCACGAAACGAAGGGUGAUUCUCGAACACGAAGCUCGAUGCCUACCAGGCAAUCCCUUUGUUGGAUGCCGCGUCACACAACUAUAUCAUGAUGGAGCUUGCUUGUAUUUCUACGUUUGCAUCAAUACUGAAAACGUAGCGAAUGCAAGCCAUGUCUUCUGUGAAAUCGAGCAUGCGGCGAGAUGCGAGAUUUUACAGCACGGUGGGUCAUUGAGUCAUCACCAUGGCAUUGGCAAAGUGCGAGCCCGACUUCUACACGAAUCAGGAAGCCCGGUAUACAAGAGCAUUUUGGGUUCAGUAAAAGAAACCAUGGACCCAGACAACAUCUUCGCUGCCCGCAACGGGUUGUUCUGUGCAUACUAG